AGGACUUUCUGUUCCAGUGAGGAAAAUUGUAAUUAUUAAUAGUAGAUUUUGGGAUGGGGGGAUUUAAAAAAAAAAUAGGCUCUGAAAAUAUGUGAUGUCUCUGAGAAUCUGGUACGUUCAGAGAAAUGAAGGCUAGCCAUGUUGGCCAGCAUAUUGGCACAAACGAAACAUUUCCUCAUGGUUGCCACUACUUCCUUCUGAGACCACCACAAGUGGGCUCUCACUAACCUAGAGAGAGAAUUUGAAGGCCCUAUUACAAUUUACAUCCACACUUUGCUAAUAAAUGUCAAUUAUGGGUGUUGUACUGACUUACACCAGUCACAAUGUCCCAACAACGUUUUUGCCAUCUAGACAUUUCCACAAUGUUUCUUCAGCCGGGGGCCCCCUACCGCAGCCUGGACUCCUGGUGGCAGCUGGUAAGGAUCCCACCGAGCUUCAACACACCCAUGAAGGGUGAUAAACUACAGUCUGAACUAAAUUAAGAUUUUUACUACAUGUGCUUGCGUUGAUCUCCGAGUACAUUCCAGUGCCCGUCAAUAAAUUACCAGAGUUGGAAAUCCUUAAAGACUAUUCGGCUCCAACUCCCACCUGUGUCACCAUCUCUACAACUGCAUACUAAAAUCAAGUCAAGCACUCCUCACACUGAAAUAAGAGGAGCCCAAAAAUGGCUCGAUCCUGUGUUGUGCGCACGAAAGAGUCUGGAUGGGCCAGGCUGCCUGAAAGCGACUAUCAGUUGCGAGAGAGUGAGAGGGCUUGAAGUGAAGCCAAUAGGGAAAGAGGAAGGACCAUAAACAGCUGCUCCCUUCUUUUCCCCCCCAUGCAGAGACAGCAAGAGGAACCCGAUGAAGUGAGAGGGCGGAUGACAGGAGGGUCUGUGCAUGAGUGCGACGGGGAGUGUCGCCUUUGAGGGUCUUCAGACGUAGAGGAAGGUGCUGGCAUGUAGAAUGGGAGACGGGAGGUGCUGAGUGUGCACCCGCAUGCUUUGAGAGUGAGGAAAGCCGGAGUGCGAGAGGACUUGGAAGAGUGAGAAAGAGUUGUAAAAGGAGCAGUGAGAAGAAGUCAUCUGUCAGAGGAGCAGGAGUUAGACAUGGGCUGUGAAGCUUUGAGAAGUUCUCUUCUGGUGACUCAACUUCAGCGGUGAACGGAAUUGAUGACCAGGGCCACCAAAGACUGCAAACAUGGGCUGCAUUCACAGCCUGGCCAGCAGAAUUAAAGAAGCUGACCCCGAGGGUACCCCUCUAAAGACCGACCCCGAGGUGCUCCCUGAGAUCCUGCAGCUUGUGGAGGUGUCCACCACCUGUGCCUCAACACCAGACCAGCUCAAUUCCAUGAAAUCUGCAUCACUGAAGAAAAGAAGCUCCAUGCCGAGAAGUAAAAGUGAGGAGCAGGUGAUGGAGCAGGUGAUGGAGCGCCACUACGACAUUGACCUCACCUAUAUCACGGAGAGGAUCAUCUCGGUCUUCUUCAUGCCUGAGCUUGAAGAACAGCGAUACCAUGGGGAGCUGCAGGAAAUGGCGACCAUGCUUAAAUCCAAGCACCAAGACAAGUUUCUGCUUUUAAAUUUAUCAGAGAAGAGACACGACAUGACAAGACUCAUCCCAAAGAUGCAGGACUUUGGCUGGCCCGAUCUCCACGCUCCACCUUUGGACAGGAUCUGUACUGUAUGUAAGGCUAUGGAGACGUGGCUUAGCGCUGAUCCGAAUAAUGUAGCGGUUCUCCACUGUAAGGGAAACAAAGGGAAGACGGGGGUCAUUGUGGCGGCCUACAUGCACUACAGCAAGAUCUCAGCAGGAGCGGACCAGGCGCUCACCACGCUGGCCAUGAGGAAAUUCUGCGAGGACAAAGUUUCUUCUUCCCUUCAGCCCUCUCAGAACAGGUACAUCUACUACUUUGGUGGUCUGCUCUCCGGUGCCAUUAAAAUGAACAGCAGUCCUUUGUUCCUUCAUCAGAUUCUUAUUCCAUCACUGCCAAAUUUUCAGACGGGAGGAGGUUACUUUCCAUUUCUGAAGCUCUACCAAUCGCUACAGCUGAUCUACACUUCCUGCGUCUACAACCCUCAGACCUCGAGGUCCAGAAAGCUGUGUGUGACCAUGGAACCGGCGUUAUUGUUAAAGGGGGACAUUCUGGUCAAGUGCUAUCAUCGACGGAGCCAGGCAGCAGAGAGAGAAGUGGUGUUCAGGAUCCAGUUCCACACGUGCACCAUUCAUGGCGCCCAGCUGUGGUUUGGCAAGAAGGACCUCGACGUAGCUUGCACAGAUGACAGGUUCCCUCGUGAUGCUGCAGUGGAGUUUAUCUUUUCUAGCAGCCCAGAAAAAAUAAACGAAAACCAAAAGACAGAUGCCUCCAUCAAAAUGAACUACAACACAUCAGAUCCGGUAGUCCAAUGGGAUUCUUAUGAGAACUUGAACCUGCACCAUCAAGACAGCCCAGGGAAUAUUUCUCAUACCCGGGGCCCUCUGGACGGUAGUCUGUACGCACAGGUGAGAAAACGCAGAGGACCGGUCCCGACUUCCUCACCCAACGGAUGCCUCAGCAGCAGCCCAACGGUGAAGACACAGAUUGCCAGCCAGCCGCAAACUCUCACCAGCACUUCCGGCUGCGUCCCCUUUACUUCCCAUCCCGAAAGCGAGACUACUGAAAGUCUGACGGAAAAAGGAGAAAGGGGAACAAGAGAGCGUGUACGAGACAAAGACAGAGAGACGGAGAUUUUAGACGAGGCAAACCUGUCAAGUACGGGUGGAUUAAGGCGAGAACGCUCAUGUUGCGGUCGAGCAGGUAUCAAGUGUGGAGGGGUGGGGCGGCAAUGGGAGGAAGAGCCGUGCCUAUCCAAUGGUCACUGUGCUGGAUGCCGCAACAGUAUUAAAAAACAUCCCAAAAGCCAAACCCUGCCGACCUUAGCGACCAAAUCCGUGUCACCUCCACCUCAUUUGACUCAUAUGGAACUCUGUCAUCGCCAUAGUGUCCAUCCUCUGCCCGCGUGGGAACAGCCGGCCCCAUCUGCACCUUGCCUCCACAGAUCGUGCUUCCCUUAUUCCGCUUCCGAGCAUUCGCAUGGUCACACCCUUCCAGCUUCGAACAGACUCUACAAUGAUGAAUGCCAAGGCUUCCAUUAUGCCAGCCAAAACCCCAUCGCUCACCUUUCCCACCAGUCGCUCCAUUCAAGCCCAUACCGAGAGAUGUUCUUCAGUCCUCCAAAUCAAUGUCCUUGCCGAGAUUGCUCCAGCAGGCGGGAGCACCAAGCGGCCUCGGUCAGACUGCUCCAUCCGAUGCAUCCGGACCAGGCGGUGGGAUUACAACGGACUAGAGAGGCAUUGUGGGAAAGUAAAAACCCGUGGGAAGUGCCAGGAGAGGCUGACUUCUGGCAGUGUAAAGCAGCCGUGCCACCAUAUCACGGCUGUCACUCUGCUGCUUUAAAACAGGGAGCGGAGCAGCAAAGGUUUGUCCUUGGACCUCACCAGAAUUAUCCCAGCCCCCAGCCUGUGGUGGACACGCGGGACGGAGUCAGCAGUGGAUACCACAGCCCUCCGCCCCCACGACAAUCUUGCCCCUGCUCUCCUUAUCAAUCAUCUCCCGUCGAGAGCCAUGAGAGUCGAGGUUAUGCUUCAGGUUACCUCUCUGGGUCAGCCUCUCCUCCGCCUGCCAGUAGCCCCUCCCUUGGGAGAGAAAUACUUGCAGGAACCCCUCCAGAAGCCAAAGAUCAUCAGAACGAGCAUCUCAAAGCGGAAAAGACCACAGCUGGUGCAGAGGUCGACGUAUCGCGGAGUUCAGAGGGUAAACGUGAUAGAUCAAGCACCCAGACUCUGGAUUCUGAUCAUGACUAUACAGUCAUUGGUGGCAGCAGCCCCACACACACAGAUGACAGUUUAAGUCAAGACGCCUCACUAGCACUGGAGUUCAACACAAAUGGAAGCAAAACACUUUUAAUAGCAGAGGCAGAAGAGCAAUCCCCAAGUCCUGACGUAACACCGCCGUCAAGUGAACCUCCUCACAGUCGUACAUCUGAUGGAAAGAAACUUGAGGAACUAAAAGUCAAAGAAAAUAACGAGGAUACCGAUCAGUCUCAAAGUACCACUAUCAUCUUCACCCCGGUGCAAGACCACCUCAACGGCUCAAAUGCGCCGAGUGACGGCCCAUCCUCCCGCAGCGCGACACACGUUGCCGGUCCGAGCUCUUCCAACAACUCCUCACAAAUUUCUCCAAGUGAGUCCCCAUGUCGCAGCUCCCCGUCGGCGACAGAUCUUCGCCUCACGCCUGAGAGAGACAGCUCCACUGACCCCGCCAAACCACCGUCGCCUGUGCCUGAUGGUUACCGCACGCCAACGUUCCCCCUCGCACCUUAUUACUACCCGUUACUAAGUGUCCCACAUGUCCCUUACACUGGCUACACCGCAAUCACAAUCCCAGCCGCUCAGCCGCCACUCCCGGAGAAGAAACGACUUUCAGGGACACCGGGAUCGCUUAACGGGCACACUUCUCAUCUACGAGGCUCUCCGGCGCCUUCCCCCAUCCACAAUAUGGCUUUGUCCCCAAUUUCGGCAGAGCAGAAACAGUAUAGCAGCAGCAGCAGGGAGGACAUCAGGGUCAACGCUAAGUUUGUCCAAGAUAGUUCCAAGUACUGGUACAAACCAAGCAUCUCCAGAGACCAAGCCAUCGCAGUGUUGAAGGACAAGGAGCCGGGAACUUUCCUCAUCAGAGACAGUAAUUCCUUCCAAGGUGCCUACGGCCUGGCCCUCAAAGUGGCCACACCUCCUCCUAAUGCCAACAUCACUGGAAGCAAAGCAGAUGUCCUGGAACAGCUCGUGAGACAUUUCCUCAUUGAGACAGGACCGCGAGGUGUCAAAAUCAAGGGCUGUCUGAAUGAAGCAUAUUUUGGGAGUUUGUCUGCCCUGGUGUAUCAACAUUCAAUCACACCCAUCUCUUUGCCGUGUGCCCUUCGUGUCCCAGAAAGAGAUCUGAUCGGCGAUCUUCAGGAGAUACGGACCGUAACAAACACAAGCACGGCGGCCGACCUCCUUAAACAGGGAGCAGCUUGCAACGUUCUCUAUCUGAACUCGGUGGAAACGGAAUCAUUAACGGGACCGGAAGCCGUUUCCAAAGCAACCAAAAGUACACUGGCUCUGAGUCCACGUCCUGCUGCAACAAUGGUCCAUUUUAAAGUUUCCUCUCAGGGCAUCACUCUGACUGACAGCAAAAGAAGAUUAUUUUUCCGGAGGCACUACCCCAUCAGCAGUGUGACUUUCAGCAGUCUUGACCCCCAAGACCAGAGAUGGACUAACAGUGAUAGCACGUCCAGCAAGAUGUUUGGUUUUGUUGCCAGGCGGACAGGCAGCGCCACAGAGAAUGUGUGUCACCUUUUUGCAGAGCUGGAUCCAGAGCAACCUGCAGUGGCUAUUGUCAACUUUAUCAAUAAAGUUAUGCUCGGACCACAGCUACGCCGAUGAAACAUCUGAAAACAUUUUGAGGGCAAGAGGGAGGUCUACACAAGUUCCAUAUACUACGGCGCAAAACACACACAAUCGUUGACUUUGUUUUGAUUUGUUUUUUUUUUAAACAGUCAUGUUGUAAGUUAAAGUUUUACCAAAGAGGAUCUCUAAUUCUUCUGAUUGUGAGCAGGAUUACACACAAAUAAAUCGUGACGUUUACAUAUUGGAGCCACUGUACAGUGCACAGAAUCUUAUAGCCCGGCCCAUAUUUUCAACAAUCUUCAUGAACCAAAUGACAAACUCAGUCACACACAGCCAUAAACGUAUCAACCAAUUCAAAGAGAGAAUAUAUUCACAUUUUUGUGACUGGAAAUCACAACUUCAUGCCUUAAAGCUGAAACGUUUCACAAUCUGGGAAACAUGUCACGCUGCUAAGGUCAUUUUCAACAGAGACAUUACCUCACUUUCUCCAUGCCUCAGAAGGACCACACAUUGGUCCUGACCUGGUUGGUUUGUUUUUAUUUUCACAAGACAACCAAGAGUCUUGGAAAAACACCCCAAAAUAAAAAAAUUAAAAAACCAAAGACAUAAAAUGUAAAAAUAUAUUUCAAGUUUGUUUUUUAUUAUUUUUUUUCACCCGUGUGUCUGUGUCUGUGUGUUUUUUUUUACAAACAGUGUAACUUCAGUGAGCACAAAUGCAAUUUUCAUAAUGUUUGUCCGUAAAAGAAGUAAUAUAUUUUAUGCCUCUGAAGAAGAACUGUGUGAAAUAAAAUUCUACAAAAAUACA